AGUUCGGGAACUCCGAAUGUAUUUAGAAGAGCUCGCGACACAGAACCAACAACAACAUCACGACAUAUGUGGGACUUUAUUAAUGAUGUGGAUAUAAGUGAUAUACUUGAUGAACGACCUGGGCGUAGAUUCAUGGAUCUAGAACCUGAUGGUUCUUCAUAUCCACGCAUACCACAUCAUGAGACCGACAUGCAUAACUUGUUGGGAUUUUCUGCUCCGAGAGAAAAUCGUCCGCUAGGAAGCCCUGAUUUUCCCAUACUCCAAAUUAGGGAGAAUCGCGAGAGGAGACAUCGGGAACAGCAGCAGCAGGGACAACAUAAUUUAGCUGAAAAUGGGCAUACCUCAACGUCGUCUACCUCAAUGGAACGCCCAUCUUGCAUUCACAGCAGCAACACUAAUACCAACAAUGGCUCUGUGCAAAUACGAAUUUACCCUACUGCAGUGGACCUGUCACCAUUUGGACUUAAUCUAAGCAACAAUCGUAGUCGCUCUCCAGCCGGAGCCGCACGGCCACGCACUCCUGGACGACCUCCUUCACCAAUGAUGCCCGAUGAUGGCGAAUGUGAAUUUUUGGGGGUCCAUCCCAUUGUAAAAAAGCCACCAUUGGCAGUUAUUACACUUUCUUCGGAAGAUGAAAAUGAAGAUGGAAAUCAUAAUCAAACUUCAUUGCAGACUGAUAAUGUGAUUGAUGUUGAUCCCAUUCCGGGUACAUCAACUAAUCUGAUGCCACUAUCGGCUCUACCUUUUAAACGUCGAUACGUUGCUCCACCUCCAGAAUUGGAUGCAUUUCAAGCGGCUUUGUCUGCUUUGCCUACAGCCAACCUCGUAGAACGACACAUGGACUCUAUUCCUCCAUUCCGACAAAGACAUUCCAGUAAACAUAAAAAGAAGGAACGUUAUCGAAAUCCUGCCUUUGAGUUGCAUUCAUCUCCUCCUCACAAAUCUAAAAAACAAUCAUCUGAAAUUGAGAGUUUAGAAAGUACUGGAUGGUCACGAGCAGCAGCUUCUGCUAAGAAAAGGAAGCAGUCUGUUACCGCUUCAAAAUCCUCUUUGACUGGAAAAAAGAAGACUGUUAAUACUCGUUCUACUAAGGUUAAACCAUGGCUUUUAGUAGAACCCUCCGCAUCCUCAUCUCCAUCGAUGAACUCCGGCACUGAAUUAAAAUUGGACUCGUCCGCUGAUAGUGAUAGUGACUUUGACGUCUUUGCAUCAAGAAUCAAAAGCAAGAAGCAAAAGUCCCCAAAGAAGAAGACUAAGAAGUCUAAGAAAUCAUCAAAGUGUAAAAGUAAAAAAGGAUCGAAAAGAAGCAGCAGCCGUACAAUGUCUUCCUCAAUGUUGAAACCUGAAAAGCAUGCAACUUCUUCCACUUUCACCAACAAUCCUGCUCUUUCUGGUUCUAGUUCUAACAGGCUGAAAUCUGUGGUAAUGAAGGUGAACAAGGGAAAAAAGAGCAGUAAAAUUAAGUUGACGCCCUCGCUUAUAUUUACGUCGUCUGAAUCGUCCUCCAGUGACGAGAAAACGUGUCGUAGUGUGAUGUUUGACGGUGGUAUGGUUGCAAGUAGCAGUGGGUCAUUGACAACAGCAUCAUCUUCCUCCGCUACUACCAUCGUGGGUGGGACCUCAGGAUCUAGUCAAAGCCAAGAGAUUCAAACCCCAUCUUCUGCAUUAGACCUGUCAUCAACAGGAACGAAUUCAAAUCACUUGAGCCCAUUUCUCGGACCAAUUUCAACCAGUAUCAUGAAGAGAAGAAUUUUGUCUCGUCGUUGGGAAUCGGAUGAUGAUGACAACGACGAGCAAGAAGACAAAAUACUGAUUUCUGAGAACAAUGACGAGGCUUCGGAUUCUGGGUCCGUGGGAAGAUUCAAUGAACACCAAGACGACCCGGAUAAUAGUGAUGAUAGUGAUUUUUCUAUUGCUCACCACGGCUCCAGGAAUCACAAACGGCUACGAAUUGAUGGCGACGAUGAUGAUUUUUGAGGAAUGAUCACAAAGCUGGCUACGGAGAUGUCUUUAUCUGACUGAAAUGCAGCUGGCGAAUCUUCUCGGAACAAGACUGUGUACACAGGUACAUUCAUUUAAAAUAAUAUACUUCCUACUUAUCCGAUAGCGUUUACACCCAUUUAAAAUAUUUGUGUUGCAUUUACGAGAUUUAAGUUUUCGGUUUAUAUUAUAUUUACUAUAUUUACUGAAAUUAAAAGAGACAUAUGUGGUAAAAUAUAGACGUGAAGUAAUAAUAUUUAACUGAUAAUUUAGUGACAAUGAAAAAUCAAAGUGUACAUAUUAAUACGAAAGUGGUGUGAAAGAUGUUAAUAAUAUUAACGAUCUUAUUUUCGAACGGGCGUAAUAUUGUGAUUUUAUUUAAAGCAUUUUAAUCAUGAAAAAGCACAAUAAAGACGUUAUGAAUC